AUGGCCAGAGCCAGAGCCAACUGCCACAGGGAAAGGGGAUCGCCAAAAACACCCCUAGCAGCUAGCUCGCUCAAUGCUCGUUCUCGGUCUCGCACCCUGAUGCUGAUCAAGGGCAUGGCAUUGGGUUUGUCCGCCGCCGUCAACGCGGGCGGACUUUUAGGUCGCUCCAGUGCCUCAAACUUCCAGAGGAUCCACACCAUCACCAUCAACAGAACAUCAACAUCCAUCAUCUGCGGAUCCAUCUCGACCCCUGCUAGCCUCGACUCCCUGGACGAUCCCUGUAACAUGGAGCACUCUAGCACUUCUCUCGCCUUCUCGGACAUAAUGACCACGCCGACCGUUAACUACACGCCCUCCAUUCCCAGUAACUCACUCAUCCUCACGGGCACUCACUCACUCACAUCACCACCCACUCCUGUCCCAGGUGCUUGGUACUCUACUACUACUACUACCAACACUGGCUUACACAUACUGGCUUACACCACUCAACAUCCACCCAAUCCAAACACAACCCACAAUCUGGAUUCAAUGGGAUCAGGUAGCUUACCAUCUCCUCCCGCUGAGGAUCAUAAGUCGACCCUCUCUCGAAAGAGCACAUCGUCAAGUUCCAAGUCUGUCAAGCCUGUGCACCGCACUUCCAAGCGAGCCAGCUCAAGUGCUGCUACAAUUCACCACCACGACCAUGUCACACAUACAACUGGUAUGGACGGCCGACAUAAGCUCUGCACAGCUGGUGUACGAAAGAAGAUGGAAUACAAGCAAUUGCCUAGAGGUUACGCCGAGGUUCUCGAGAACACACAAUUCGCCCUCAUUGCUACAGUCCACAAGCUCUACUCAAUGGUUCGAAACAACCAGUCUUGGGAUUUGGGAGAGCCCGAACUCAACGACCGCGGCCAGCCCGUGAUCCACAACAUCGCCCAGAAGCUCGGCUGCAUCCGCCCUAACAGCGAUAUCGACCUCCCUGUUCACUCAGUGUUCCCUGAAGACGAAGCUGGUAUGGCUGAGCUGGCUCGACAGCUCGAGGAUCAACAGAAGGAGCACGAGCCUGCAAAGGAAACCAUCAAGGACACCGAUUCAUCCGUGUGCAACCGAACCGAGCGAGCGUCAUCAUCGGAGCUCGACCACUCCGACUUUGAGCACGACUAUCGAAGGGCCGCCUUUGGUAACGCCAAUGCCAUGACCCUCUCACCGCAGAGCUUCACAGGCAGCGCCGACUUCGACUUCGCCCCUCCACCACCCGAGAUAGAUGCUUCCAGCCUGUUCCCCUCGCAAUCGCCCGCCAUGAGCAACUUUCCCGCCUGGACAAUGACCAAGCCCCAGCCUAGCGACCUUACCAUGCAAUUCCUACAACAGCAGCAACAGAAUGGCAUGAUGGCAAAUAUGGACUUGUUGAAUCAGGGCCUCGUCGAAUCAGAAUUUGGAACAAUCAAGCCUCAUGUUCUGUCAUGUCCCAACCCCGAAGUUAUGCUGGGCAUGGGCGAUCCCAUGAUAUAUUCUGGCUACGAUGGUGAACCGAUGCGACUAUAA